CACAAACACACUUCAACACACAUACACACAUACACUUAAACACACACACACAUUCACACACACACACACACACACACACACACACACACACACACACUUACACACACACUUACACACACACAAACACACACAGCGUGGAUCAAAGAUGGAGGCCUUGCGGGAGCGCCUGUCCCGGGUCGCCCCCGGCGACGCCUGGUACGGUUUCUACUCCCGCCUGCUGCGGACCAAGCCGGUGGGGGCCAUGGGCCGCACGGCGGACGGCCUGACGGAGGUGACGGAGGCGUCGGGGGCGGGGCUGGCCCAGGUGCUGACCACGCUGGACCUGGUGUCUCUGGGCGUGGGCAGCUGCGUGGGCACGGGGAUGUACGUGGUGGCCGGCCUGGUGGCCAAGGCCAUGGCGGGGCCCGGGGUCAUCCUGUCCUUCAUCAUCGCCGCCAUGGCCUCCAUCCUGUCCGGUGUGUGCUACGCAGAGUUCGGCGUGCGCGUCCCCAAGACGACAGGCUCCGCCUACACCUACAGCUACGUUACGGUGGGCGAGUUCGUGGCGUUCUUCAUCGGCUGGAACCUCAUCCUGGAGUACCUGAUCGGCACCGCCGCCGGGGCGUCGGCCCUGAGCAGCAUGUUCGACUCGCUGGCCAAUCACAGCAUCAGCCACUACAUGAUCACACACCUGGGCACGCUGCGCGGCCUCGGGAAGGGUGAGGACACCUACCCGGACCUGCUGGCCUUCUUCAUCUCCCUGCUGGUGACCGUCGUCAUCGCUCUGGGGGUCCGCAACUCGGUGGGCUUCAACAACGUCCUGAACGUGGUCAACCUGGUGGUCUGGGUGUUCACCGUCAUCGCCGGCCUCUUCUUCAUCUCCGCCUCCAACUGGGAGGGGGGCCGGUUCCUGCCGUAUGGUUGGUCGGGGGUGAUGAAGGGCGCUGCCACCUGCUUCUACGCCUUCAUCGGCUUCGACAUCAUCGCCACCACGGGCGAGGAGGCCAAGAACCCCAACACCUCCAUCCCCUACGCCAUCACCGCCUCGCUGGUCACCUGCCUCACCGCAUACGUGUCCGUGAGCGUGAUCCUCACCCUCAUGGUUCCCUACGAGCGCAUCGAUGGCUCGGCGCCGCUCAUGGAGAUGUUCGCGGCGCACGGCUUCCAGUGGGGGAAGUACACGGUGGCGGUGGGCUCCAUCGCCGGCCUCAGCGUCUCCCUGCUGGGGUCGCUGUUCCCCAUGCCCCGGGUCAUCUACGCCAUGGCCCGGGACGGCCUGCUCUUCAGGGGCCUGGCCUACGUCCCCGCCCUCACCCACACCCCCGUGCUGGCGUGCGCGGUGUCGGGCUCGCUGGCCGGCGUGCUGGCGCUCCUGGUCAGCCUGCGCGACCUCAUCGAGAUGAUGUCCAUCGGCACCCUGCUGGCGUACACGCUGGUCAGCGUGUGCGUGCUGCUGCUGCGCUACCAGCCCGACGACACCGUGGACACGCACCACUACGCCCCCGACGACGCCCCCGACGCCCGUCUCCAUGACGACGGCGACGACGGAGACGAACCCCCCGUCUCCAAGGACGAGCAGAUGCUGAUCGACGGCGAGGAGACGGAGGGCGGGGCCUCGUACCACGCGGGCGGCGCCGGGGGCGGGGCCGGCGACGACUCCGCCUUCCACACGGGCCCCACCUCCCUGCUGAAGCGCCUCCUGGGGGGCCACUACUACGUCCUGCGGGCGCGGCUCGGCCUCCCCGACGGGGGCGCGCGGCCCACGCCGGCCACGGGCCGCACCGUCACACGCUGCACCGUGCUCCUCUUCUUCCUCUCCUUCCUGCUCUGGGCCACCGUCAUCUUCGGCGUGGAGCGGGCGUCGGGCGCCGGCUCCGCCUCCGUCUGCGGCCUGGUCGCCACGGCGAUCGGGGGGGUGAUGGCGGAGCUGUUGCUGGUGAUCCUGCGGCAGCCGGAGAGCCCGCGGCGCCUGCCGUACAUGGCGCCCUGCGUGCCCUUCGUCCCCGUGGCCGCCAUCUUGGUCAACAGCUACCUGAUGCUGAAGCUGUCGGCCAUCACCUGGGUCCGCUUCACCGUGUGGUGCCUCAUAGGGCUGCUGAUCUAUGGCUGCUACGGCGUGUGGAACAGCACGCUGGAGCUCAACGCGCGCGAGGAGCAGGCCGGCGCCAGCACCUACCAGCGCUACGACGACCACCUGGACGACACCUUCGCCACGGGGGACGACCCCGCGGCCGAGGGCCCCUACCAGGGCUGGGCGGCCCCCGAGGAGCGGGGCCACCAGUACCAGCAGCAGGGGGGCCCCCGCUACGACCCCGACUCAGAGGACCGGGACGAGAGCGGCGGCGGCGGCCAGCAUCACGAGAACGGUGACCACGGCGACCAGUACGGGUACCAGUCCGGGCCCACGGACCAGCGCGCCCCGGGCGGGGGAGGUCGAGGGCGGGAAAACCACGCGUUCGACGCAGAGGACGAGGACAGCUAGGCGACGACGCGGUCGGACCGGUCAUGGAGACGGUCCGGUCCUGGUUUCCAUGGUGAUGUCGGUUGUGAGUCCACUGAACCCUUUUAGUUUUUUCGUUCCGCGUCGUCCCACAGAGGGUCGAGGUGCACCCUGUUGUGCUUUGUGUGCGCGCUUGGUUAUGGGGUGAUGUGUGUGUUGAGUACCGCGGCCUUCUGGGCCUGAGGCCAGCAGGAGCCGCGGGGGAAGGACCAAACUUUUUGGUGACGAACUUAUAAAUAUAAUAGUUGUUUUUGUUGUUUGAGGUUUUACGGGUGUUCUGUUGACAGUGGGACUUGUAUCUGUGAAUGUUAAUGCCCUUAAGACAAACGUGGUCGUGAAAACUUUGAUCGUAACGUAUUUCUCCGUUUGUGGGGUUUGUUUGACCUGUUGAAGCUCCGACUACACUCAGAAAAGUGUCCGACCUUUCAAUUUUCCGAAGUUUCCGAUGUCUACGACUCACUUUAGCGUGAGCUACUGCUGUCCUGUACACUUGAAUCACUGGUGAGACAGGAGAAUGAGUGAAGCGAAUAAAUGGUUUUGU